AAAUAUAUGGCAUCGCAGCGAUGCAAAGCACAUUAGACUGCAAGCUAUCUGGCUUUGGGGCUUCUGCUCUGGGCUUAAAAAGUUUAGGCGGCUGGAAACGUCGCGCACCCAAUUGCGGCACUGUAACUUUAUAUUGAUAGCAUCAUGCAGACGUAGAAAACGUCGAUACCCUUUUACGUGGGCUCAGCAGCACGAAGAAUCGGCAUGGCCGUCUCAGCCCACGUCCGUGCUAAUAGCUGCCAUUCAUAUAGACGCACUACAAGUGCCACGCACUCGCGUUAUGCGGGCCCGCCAUGCCAGCUGCGGGGUGUUGUCCUCGCUGGCCCCGACAGCGGCGUGCGGUUGGCUCGGUGCACGGCCCGAGCCUCCGCCGACCGGCUGAACCCAGUCUCUAGUCCUAGCGCUGCCAGCAACGCCCGCACCAGCUCACUAGAUGUAGUACCUCCCACUGCUGCCAGUGCCAGUGCAACAACAUCCGGAGAGGCUCAGGCACCGCCACCGCCACCGCCUGUUAGGGUGCCCCCCAGCUGCCCCCCAGGCAGUUCCAGCCGGAGGGCAGUGGCGCUCUCCCUCGGCGCCGCCGCCGCCGCGGCGGCGCUUCCGCUUCUGCCCGUGGCCCCCUCCCGAGCCGACGAGGGCGGCAGUGGCAGGCGGUUCGGGGCUCAGGCGACGUCGCCGGCAGGGCAGUUGGAGCGAGACGCCGCGCUGGCGGCGGGGGCGGCGGCGGGCGAGGACGACCAGCCGCCGCCCAAGCCACGGCGGGAGCGGCGGGCGGUGGCGGCGGUGCCGACCGUUGCGCUGGCUCCGGGGCUGCGGGUCAGCAAGGUCAUACGCGGCACGUGGCAGUUGAGCGGCCGACACACCGGCGACUCGUACACAGACCGCACGCGCGGCGGCGAGGCUGUAUCGGACCUGGCGGCCUUUGCGCGCGCCGGCAUCACCAGCCUGGACACAGCCGACAACUACGGCCCGGCGGAGGCGCUGAUCGGGCAGUACCUGCGGCUGCACCCCUGGAACUCGCCCGCCACCACCAUCGCCACCAAGCUGUCGUAUAUCAAUGAGGAGCAGAUGGCGGGCGUCAGCCGCACACUGGUGGAGUACGCCGUCCGCAGCUGCCUGGUGCGCACGGGCCGCCAGCGGGUGGACCUGGUGCAGCUGCAGUGGGCCGACACAGCCCGGUACAGGAAGUGGCUGGACGUGCUGAAGUGGCUGGCGGAGCUGCGGGAGCAAGGCAUGAUCGGUCACAUUGGGCUGUGCAACUUCGAUGUGCCGUCGCUGGCCAAGGCUAUGGACGCGCGCGUGGGGGUGGUGAGCAACCAGGUGCAGUACUCGCUCAUUGACCGGCGGCCAGCGCUGUACAUGCAGCAGGCGGCGCAGGCGUACGGCGUACAGCUGAUCGCGUACGGCACACUGGCGGGCGGGCUGAUCGCGGACAAGUACUACGGCGUGGCGGCGGGCAAGGUGCGACUGGACACGGCCAGCAAACAGAAGUACGGCACACUGCUGCACCAGGUCGGCACGCCGCCGGGAGGCCUGGCAGGCGGUGCGGCGGUUGCGGGCGGCGGCAGCUGGGCGUUCAUGCAGGAGGUGCUGGGCGCCACGCGGGCGGUGGGCGAGCGGCACGGCGGCGUGUCCAGCAGCGCGGUGGCGCUGGCCUGGGUGCUGCAGCAGCCGCAGGUGGCGGCGGCGGUGGUGGGCGCACGCAACGCCCUCCACAUCCGAGACAUGCAGGUGGCGUGUGCGCUGAAGCUGGACGAUGCGGACAUGCUGGACUUGGAUGCGGUGUGGGAGGGCGCGCCCAACCCGCCCACAAGCGACAUCUACGUCUGGGAGCGCGGCGGAGCCUGGGCCGUGUGAGAUAGCGCAGGUCGGCGGGACACCGUGUGCGUGCGACAUGUUUGCGGCCGCGCUCGUCACGUACGUGGCGGGCGGGCAGCAGCGCGGGUGUCCGCAAUAACUCAGCGAGCACGUACAGGCGCAUGCGUAUGGGUGAUGGAGUGGAAACACAUACAGAUGACGUGCGGUCGGGACUGUCGCGUAUUGAUGGUGGUGGCGUUAAGGCGGGUGCUGGCAGUGUCGAUCGUCCGGGACGGAGGUAUCAAUAUGCCCGAGCCCAACAAAUGAGUCCCAUCAUCAUCAGGGGAAGGGCGGAUGGAUCCGCCGGCAAUGCACAUCCGGUAUGUGGUUGCGUAGCGCGCGCCAUCCGACACAUGUGUAGCUGGGGGCAAGGUAGGACCGAGCGAGGAGCGGAGCUAACCGGUGCCCUUGUUGGUGCGAGGUAAGCAGGAGCCGCAUAUGUACACAAAUUGAGCAGGAGCCAAGCAGCUGUGUGUAGCUCAGAGAAAUGUAAGCUAGUGUGAUUGUGAUGCAAAUGCAACGCAGAGUCCCCUC